CAACACUCUUGCGAAACUGUCACUCUCUGAGCCGUCUCUGAUAUGGCCAGGGGAUGGCGCUGAAGAAGUGGAUGGGGGAGGAGAGUGUGUAAUGGGGGGCGUAUUUUCAUCUCAUCUGAUGUCAUUAAUGUUAAGCGCAGAUUUUUGUAAAGAAAAUUAUAUGGACGACGUCGGCAAAAAUAUCAUCAACAUUAGGCCCUACUAAAACAACACAAAUUAUUAUUAUCAUUAGUGGUACUAUUAUUAUAAUUAGUAUUAAUAAUAAUAGUAGUAGUAUCAUUAAGUUGCUGCGUGAAAGCAUUGCGCAUGGCAACAUGUGGCUGCAUUGCGUUCAUGCGGAUGUUGCUGAAAAAAGGCCUGAAACCACAAGGCGUCUUUCUGAAAACCCAACUGUCUGAAACCGUCUUAACAACCAUCUCCAAGUGAUGGCGAACAGAAGCCUGUGGUCUGUCGGAUGGAUUCCUGAGGAUGGCCGUCCACGUAAACGCAGGAGGGGCGAGUAGAGGUGGCGGAGAAGUCCCUGCUACGUCGCCCGAGCAGGAAGACCGGAGCCCGGCUCCGGUCCUGACAGGAUCGGGUCAUUGCAAAUGGUUCAACGUUCGGAUGGGCUUUGGAUUUAUAUCUAUGACCAGCAGCGAAGAAGGUCCCGUUGACCCUCCGAUGGAUGUGUUCGUUCACCAAAGCAAGCUGGUCAUGGAGGGUUUCCGCAGCCUGCGUGAGGGGGAGCCGGUGGAGUUCACCUUCCAGAGGUCCAGCAAGGGUCUGGAGGCGCUACGGGUCACUGGACCUGGGGGCGGGCCCUGCGCUGGCAGCGAGAGGCGGCCAAAAGGCAAGGCCCCUCCCCUCAAACGCAAACCAAAGGGAGACCGAUGUUACAACUGUGGAGGUCUUGAUCACCACGCCAAGGAGUGCGGCCUGCCUCCCCAGCCAAAGAAAUGCCACUACUGCCAGAGCAUCACCCACAUGGUGGCCCAGUGCCCCCACAAGACCUCGUCCAGCUCGCAGGACCCGCAGACCUCCCCAGAGUCCCAGGGGGGGUCCCACGAGGAAGGCGGCCGCAGCAGCUCCUCUCCCCAGGAAGGGAGCUCCUCGGCCGGGGACGAGCCGCCACACCGCGGGCCGUCCUCCUCUCAGCACCGCCGGAGGAAGCCCUGAAGUGCUGCGGGGAGGCCUGGCCUUUGACUGGCAGCACACCACAAAGGGUUAAACCUCAAACCUCUCCCCCCACCUUAAUCAUCCUUUCCUCUUGCUCUUUCCUCUGUUUUCCCACCCCCUUCCCCACCCACCCAUCCUGAAGUCUGGACCAGCAGAAUCUACCUCACAGUCUCAUUCAGGGGGGGAUGCUCCUUGACAGCCAGUGCAGCUAUUGGCUCCCCCCACUUUUUGGGGGGAGACUCCUCCCCCUUUCCUUCAUUCCAUUGUGUUCACUUGGCAUCGUCAUGGUAACUUGUUGUCAGGGUAACCGGCUGGCCGUUAAAGGCGUCAUGUAUAAGGCUAAGUGCAGCUCUCAUUGACUCCAAUGCUUAAAUGGAAGUGUAAUGUUUGAGUAUAGAAAAAGGAAAUAGGUCUUUAAAAUGCGUGUGGUGGGCUGACUUGAAUCAAAACCAAACUGUUAAUCUUUAAAGUCUGCCUCACCCCACGAGCUCUUUCAGGAAAAAUCACCUCAACCGCUUCUCUGUCUCAGAGGGAAUGCUUUAUGUCCUCAGUCUAGCAGUCAACUGCAAAAUUAUUGCCAUCACAUGUCAUACUGACUCCUUCCAAAAAAUGCCCCUCUCAUCUACAAAUAGACAAUGUGGCAAACUCAUGGCAACAACCAAAAUCCCCACAAUCAAUAGUGUCAUUAUAUUACAGGCAUUACAACAUACUGGAUGUACGCAUUCUGUCACCAUGCAUUCAUGGCUGUGACUCUGUGGCUCUGUGUGUUUCAGACAUGAGUUCAGAAACAAUGUCUUGAGCGACAAAUCCUUUGGCUGUAGAAAGUAGACCAUGGUUACUGAUGAACAGGUGGGAAUCUUCAAAGGUCCCAAAUCCUUUCAACCCCAAGUAGGAAAUAGAGAUGACCGUAGAUGCCACUGAAUGCCUCAGAAAAUCAAAAAUGGAUCCAUUCAUGAUCUAGUAUUAGCAGAUUUUGUUGCAUAUUAUCCUGAUGAUAUAUGAAUCUGGGAAUUAAGACUGGGACUACAGGAAAUAUCUGAUUACACCAGCCAAAGAAGGAAAAUAUGUAUUGUUGUUAGUAGAUCAGUUAUGGUAUCAAAAUCAUAGCACAUAGUAAUGGCCUCAGUGAUAGCGUGGUGUAAUAGUGUAUUUGUUUUGCAUUUAUCCAGGGUGCCACUGUUGCAUAUGACUGCAGCUUCCGUGAUUAUUCCAUUCGUGUUGGCCACUUCUGUGCCUCCAACUUUGCUUGUUCUUAUCAGCCUCUUGGGAAAACAAAAACAAGCGUGAGAUCCAAUCAACAAGCCCAAAGCAGUGUGUGCUGCAACCUGACAACGUUUAUCUUUUAAGCCUGGUGCCAAGGUUUCCUGGCACACCAGGGUCUGUGAAGCUGAUGUGAGGCAAAACUGUCCCUGGAUCAGUUUACGAAGACAGAACGAUAAGGGCUGGACGUCAGGUGCUUAAUGUGUUUAUGUGUUCGACAUGACGUGACACCAAGAAUGUUUUUCACAAGUGCGGUUUUGUGCAUGUGUG